UCUUCGUGCCCUGCUCAGUCACAGUCACAGUCACAGUCACAUUCCAGGUGAGGUCUCAUUCAACAUGGUUCUAAACUGGGCUUUUGUGUCCUUGAUUCUGAGCAUUGUGUCGUUAAUUUUUUUGCAGCCUGCAUACGGAGCCGGAUAUUGUGACGGUAAAGCAGAUGGAAACUAUCGAGAUCCCGAUAAUUGUUAUGGAUAUAUAGCUUGCUCCAAUCAAAUCGUGUACAAAAUGAGCUGCAGUUCCGGCCUCAAAUACAACGAGAAAUUAGACCAGUGUGAUUGGCCAGAAAAUGUGCAAUGCAGUCCUGUUGACGGUGGCUGGUCUGACUGGAGUGCUUGGGGUCCAUGCACUGUUACCUGUGGCGGUGGAACUCAAGCACGAAAUCGCAGCUGCACCAACCCCCCUCCUUCCAAUGGUGGUAAGAAAUGCACUGGACCUGACACAGAGACCCAGCAAUGCCGAACUAUGAUUUGUCCGUUUGACUGUACAGAAAAACCAGAUGGAAAUUACAAAGAUCCCAACAACUGCUAUGGGUUCAUUGCCUGUUCCAAUGGCAUAGCGCACCAGAUGAAUUGCCCGCAUGAUCUCAAGUAUAACGAGAAAAAAGAUAUAUGCGAUUGGCCUGAAAAUGUCACCUGCUAAAUGUGAUUUACUUGUUAGUAAUACUGACCCAGUCAUGUGGAAAAUUUCCAAAUAGCUCCUGAGUUAAACUAUGUAAUGAUCUGA